GCCCCACAUGUUCCCUUUGAGGGAAAGGGAGAGAAACUCAUGUGAAAUGACUUUGGAAAGAAUUAAAAUACAGUAGUGUUUUGAAAACAAUCAAAGGAUAUCGUUUUCAUUCUAAAAAUGAAAUGUUAUGUGGACAGGAACUUCCAUAACCCUUUAUGCUUUGUUUUGCAACUUGCAUGAAAAAUGCUAUGCCAAGAUUUAAUAGGUGGAGUUGAAGGAGGUGAAAAAGAAAUACAUUUAAAUUUCCCUGUAUAUCACUUUGGGAGCUUUCGUCCAACAAGCAAUAUUAUCAUUAUUCAUUCAAUUGCAUGCUUUCAAGAGAGACAUGUGUCGAAAAGGUUUCUGCAAUGUUGAACCAAGAACUGUGCUGGAACAUUCUGAUCUACAUGUUAUACUGGGAGGUAUAGUUCAGGUAAAGUUCAUACUGGAAUACACAAAAACCAAAUUUCUUAAUCGGUCUUGCCAUUUACUUACCUGACUGCAUAAGAAACAUUCAGGAUACUGAGACUGUCAUGCGAUAUCGAAGUCAUCUGCCUGCCUUCAUCCUGUGAGCCUGGGUUAUUCUUUGCCAUCUCCGUCAUGCAGACCCUAAUAGCCGGGAGGAUUUUCCUAAUGAUCUCUCCGUCACUGGUGUUUUAGGUUACUCUGGGUUACCUUCUUGGAGUGAGAGGAGAAAACACACAAUCGGUUGAAAAGGAGGUGAGCAAAAGUUACUGCUGUGGAGAACGAAAGGAUGGAAAACUUUCAACGGGAACCUGCCCUGGGGGAAGAGGAGACCGAGAAAGUAAAUAAGAGAUUUCAAGACAGAAUUUUUUGCUCGGAAGAGGAUAACAGCCUCUAUUUCACAUACAGUGGCAAAUCGAAUGUUCUAGAGGUCAGAGACCUCAACUACCAGGUUAAUAUGGCCUCACAGAUCCCCUGGUAUGAGAAACUAGCGGAGCUGAAAAUUCCUUGGAAGUGCGGCCUAGACUCCGAUUCCCAUGUGGCAGCUAUACAAAAUAUGAGUUUUAAAGUCAAAAGUGGGCGGAUGCUGGCUCUCAUAGAGAGCUCUGCUUGCGGAAAGACGUCUUUGUUUGACGUGAUUACCUGCAGGGACCACGGAGGCAAAAUUACGUCAGGUGAAAUCUUGAUAAAUGGAAAACCCUGCACUCGCCAGCUGGCAAAGAAAUGCAUUGCCCACGUACGGCGAGACGACAGACUGCUACCCAACCUGACAGUCAGAGAAACACUAUUGUUCAUUGCAAAAUUGCGUCUCCCCAAGAUGUUUUCAGAUUCACAAAGGGAAAAAAGGGUAGAAGACGUUAUAGCAGAACUGAGAUUGCGGCAAUGUGCGGACACAAUAGUAGGGAACGAAUACAUCCGUGGUGUUUCUGGCGGGGAGAGAAGACGAGUGAGCAUUGGGGUCCAACUGUUAUGGAAUCCUGGAAUCUUGAUACUCAAUGAUCCCACAGCUGGACUGGACAGCUUUACCGCCCACAACCUAGUAAUACUGCUGUCUAGGCUAGCAAGAGGAAAUAGAUUAGUUCUUCUGUCAGUUCACCAGCCAAGAUCAGAUAUCUUCCAGCUUUUCGAUUUGGUUCUCUUGAUGACAUCUGGACUCACAGUCUACUCUGGUGCCGCCCAAGACAUGGUCCAAUACUUCACACAAAUGGGAUAUCCUUGUCCAACAUACAGCAAUCCUGCAGAUUUCUACGUUGAUUUGAUCAGCAUCGAGAGGCAGAGUGAAGAAAAGGAGAUGGAAAGCAGGCAAAGGGCUCGCUCACUUGCUGCCAUGUUUCAUGAAAACAUUAAAAACGUGGAUGACCGCUUAUGGAAAAGCAAACCAAGAGACAACAUGGUCACUGUAUCUGCACAGAGCUCUACUAUGUUCAUUUUGGAGGAGAAAAUUACUGUGAACUCUCAUUCGGCCGAUCAGUUGCCAGGAUGGUUACAGCAGUUCACUGUUUUGCUAAGCCGCCAGAUCUCCAAUGAUUUCCGAGAUCUCUCAGCAUUGCUGAUCCGUGGAUUUGAGGCUCUUCUAAUGUCAUUGUUAAUGGGAUUCCUAUAUUAUGGUCAUGAGAAAAGUCUGUCUAUUCCGGAUGUAUCGGGACUUCUGUUUAUGCUAGGAGCUCUGAUUCCUUACCUUGUGGUUGUUGAAACUGUAACAAAAUGCCAUUCUGAAAAAGCUGUGCUGUAUCAGGAUUUUGAAGAUGGGCUGUAUCCUGUGAGCCCAUAUUUCUCUGCCAAGGUUUUAGGAGAACUUCCAGAACAGUUCUUCCUAAUGAUAGUUUAUGGGGUUCCUACCUACUGGCUAGCAAACCUCCGUCCGGAACCGGAAUGUUUCUUCCUUAUGCUGCUGCUGCUUAUGCUAGUCACUUUCAGCGCCCGGACCAUGGCGAUGUGGAUGUCUGCAAUGCUGCCAACAUUUCAUAUCUCGGCCUUCGUUGCCAAUAUUCUGUACACAAUGUUUUUGAUGAGCGGAGGCUUCUUCAUAAGCUUGGAAAACCUAUGGACAGUUCCAACUUGGAUUUCCAAAGUAUCUUUCGUCAGGUGGAGUUUUGAAGGAGUAAUGCAAGUUCAAUUUAGAGGACGCACUUACCCGAUGACUUUUGGCAAUAUCACCUAUCCAGUUCCUGGAAAACUAGUACUCCAGUCUCUGGAUUUAGACCUCCAGCCCCACUACGCAAUUUACCUCAUCUUGGUCAGUAUUUCCACCACCUUCUUGGUUUUAUACUACUUAUCUCUCCGGUUCAUCAAGCAGAAAUCAAACCAGGACUGGCAAUAAUAACAUGACAUCAUUGAUCACGGUGGCAGGAGUCAAAGCAGAAGAGAGAGCGUUCACACGGGUCCAUAUUAAAUGCCAGAUCUAACUCUUGCAAUAAAGGCAACACUUAAAAUGGUCCACAAACUCUUGU